AUGCCGAAAAGGCAAACUCGAGGUUUCCAUGAAAAUGUACUGAGCUCGCAACUUGCGACUGUCACGAGCGCUCAUUCUGAAUCUGGCAAAGAGUUGCACGUGGCCAUGAAGAUUCACUGCGCUGUGUUGGCUGCCGCGUCGCUGUUGGCGGCGCUACCGACGAGUGCAAGCUCAGAGAUCGCAGCUCCCAUCCGGGUGGCGACUACCGAAAAGCGGAUCUAUCUUCGUCGAUCUCUGUCGGAUACGACGACUGGCGAAGAGGAAAAUGGCAUCAACAAUGACGAGUCGAACGCCUUGAAUGAGGCAGAGGAAGGAUUUGAGGAGGAAAAGAACCUGCAAACGAAAGCUCCAACUACUGACACUAAAUUCGAAUCCGAAGAAGAGGUUUUCGAUGAACUGGAAGAGAACAUUGAAAUUACACCGACUAAUCCACAAGAAACGUCGGACGAGGUUGAAGAAGAAGAACUCGACGAGGAAAACGAGAACUUGACAUCGACGUCGACGAGCUCGUCUAACGAGUCAUCUGUCAAUGUGGGUGACGCUGAAGAAGAAGACCAAAGCCCUCAAACCCCCGAAGUAAUUACCACAACAACGGUUAAUCUAGAUGAGGUGGUUGAUGAAGCUAUGCGAGAAGAGAAAAGUACCGAAGCCCCGAUAAAUUUAUCAACGACGACUGUUGCUGAAGCAAAGACGAAAUCUGAAGGCAAGAGCGUGCAAACGUCGUCUAGUUGCUCACGGACGGAGGCGGUCUCUUCUACCGAGGCACCAGUUGAGGUGUCUGACACUGAGAAUGAAGAAGAAUCUGAGGAAGAUGAGCAAAACACUGAAAACCUCACGACGAAUCUAAAAACUGAGACCCCGACGGUCGCUGAAGCCGAGGGACAAGCGUGCGGGACCGAAGACAAGAGCGUGCGAACCCCUUCGACUGACGAUCAGACGACGGAUUCAACUGAGGGUGAGGCUGAGGAUGAAGAGGACAGUGAGUCAGAGGACUCUAGCGACGAAGACUCAAGCGACGAAGACUCAAGCGACGAGGACUCAAGCGACGAGGACUCAAGCGACGAGGACUCCAGUGACGAAGAAUCUUGUGACGAUUUCAAGUCUGACAACAACGAAGACAAGGAUGAAGAUGAAGACAUGAAUGAAGCUGUGGGCGACGAAGCGUUGGACAACGACACGGAGAGUGACUUAGUUGAGGAAGGCGGUGAAGGAUCUACAAAAUUGCGUUAG